GCUCCCGCACGUCACUGCCGCGUGUCGCCAGGGCGGGGACACCGCCACCCAGCACAGCCCGCAGAGCUCUCCCCAUCCGUGCCGGGGACCCGCGCGGGACAGCAGCUGUCUCAGUGCCCUGGACACAGACAAUAACAGAUUGACCAGAUCCCAGCAGGAUGGCAACAGUCAAGGGUGUCUCAGCUUUCAGUGCUGAGCAAGAAGCACAGGCACUAAGGAAGGCCAUGAAGGGGCUUGGCACAGAUGAAGAUGCCAUCAUUGAGACCUUGACCAAACUGAACGUUUCCCAACGUCAGCAAGUUCUGAUCACCUACAAAAGCACUAUUGGCAGGGAUUUGAUUGAUGACUUGAAGUCUGAGCUGAGUGGGAAUUUUGAAAGGGUGAUCAUUGGUUUGAUGACUCCUACCACCAUGUAUGACGUGCAUGAACUGAGGAGGGCUCUGAAGGGAGCAGGGACAGAUGAAGGCUGCCUGAUUGAAAUCCUGGCUUCUCGCACCAACGCGGAGAUUCGGCACAUCAACGAGAACUACAAACUGCAGUAUGGCUCCACCCUGGAGGACGACAUUGUCUCUGACACAUCCUCCAUGUUCCGCAGGGUCCUCGUGUCCCUCGCCACGGGUAACAGAGAUGAGGGAACGUUUGUGGAUGAAACCCUUGCUCAACAAGAUGCUCAGUGCCUGUAUGAAGCUGGGGAGAAGAAAUGGGGAACAGAUGAGGUGCAGUUCAUGUCCAUCCUCUGCACAAGGAACAGGUGCCACCUGCUCAGAGUUUUUGAUGUGUACAGAGUGAUUGCUAAUAAGGACAUCACAGACAGCAUUAAAUCCGAGAUGUCAGGAGACCUUGAGGAUGCCUUGUUAGCUGUGGUAAAGUGCAUGAGGAAUAAACCUGCUUAUUUUGCUGAAAGAUUGUACAAAUCCAUGAAGGGCCUGGGCACCGAUGACAGCACGCUGAUCCGGGUGAUGGUGUCCCGUGCUGAGGUAGACAUGCUCUACAUCAGGAGGGAGUUCCUGGCCAUGUAUGGAAAAUCACUCCACUCCUUCAUUAAGGGAGACUGCUCAGGGGACUACAGGAAGGUUCUGCUCAGGCUGUGUGGUGGGGAGGAUUAAAGGAGGCCUGGGGAGCCUGCUGGGUGAUGGGAAGCAGCUGAUCACAGAACAGUUUCGGUUGGAAAGGAUCUUUAAGAUCAUCGAGCCCAAUCACGAUAAAGAUUUCUUCCUUUUAUUUUUUUUCCCCCAAAUGCCUUAUUAAUUACUCUAAUUAUUGACUUAGGUUAGUUCAUGCUCUGGUUAGAUAGUGGCCAUUCUGGCUGACCCUUUUGAUACACUUUGAUGCUUGGAUCACCCGUUUGCCUACUAACUGGGCUGGUGAAGCCCACCUAACACAGAAUGCUGGAACCAAAGGUAUAAAAGUGGUUUCCUGAGCAGCUGCCCCUCUGCUGUCGUGCUCACCAGCAAAAGGCAUCAACUAAAGCAAACCUGAGAGUGAGAGGCUGCACAGGGAAAAGCCAACCUCAUCGGUACACGGGGACUGCAGAACACGGCUUUGCUCCAGUUUUCCAGUAGAAUUAAAACACUAAGAAACCAAAUAUUUAAAUACAGAUUUGCAUAUUAACUUGCCUCUGUUAGUGUGGAGCAUUAACAGCCUGGCUGUGCUGUGUGUACAUGUUGCCUGUGAGUGGGGAAUUGUCACUGGUGACAUGAGAAAAACCUUCUUCUGCCCUGGUCGGAGCAGCCCUGUGGUUUUGGUCUGUCUGCUGGAUCAUGGAAAUAUAAAUAAUGUGGGUUAUGUUAUAAACCCUGCUCUGGAUCAAGUGAUGUCAUUGGAAUGGUGCCUUUUAAAGAAUGACCUGUCCCCAAAACCCCACCUCACCAGCCUGGUGCUGGGGCAGCUCCCCAGAUUUUCCUGGGACACACAUCUCCCCACACUGACUGACAGCUGCCCCAUGUCUCAGUCCCAAAAGGGACCCGUGUUUGUGCCUGGGCCUCUCGUGGAUGUCCCCAUCAGCCUCUGGGAGAGCCUUCUCCCCCAGACCCUACACACUGUUCACUGUUUUCCCAAAAAUGGGACUCUGCUUUGGCUCAGCAAUUGAUUUUUUACCGCUGGUGAAUAAAGGAUCAGCCUGAGGCUGCACUGGCAAAGCUCCGGCGCUGAGGUGGCUGCACCCCAAUUCCAUCCUCAUUUCCCUCUGAAACAGCAGCUCCUCCAGGCUGCUGCUGGCUGGAGUGUGAGAUACCUCUGCGGCCUCCAAUAACAUCAUUUUCUUUCUCUUUCUCUGGGCUGCCGGUGCACACACAUUCCUGAGUUUGGCCGGCAGAGGAGGCAGAGCUUUCAUCCAGCUCUUCCGAGGGGGAGAAGCCCAGCUCGGCACAGCAGAGGUGCUGCCCGCGGUGGGUUUCAGAGUUGGGAAAUGAAUAAAGAACUUGGUUCUGUA